CAGGGCGCCUGUUCAAAACGUCUGGCAAUGUCUAGCGCACCUGGCGUCUGGGUCUGGGGUAUCAGUGCAUACAUAUUUGUAUGUCAGUAGGUUGUAAUGUAGUAGCAAACUAGGUGCUGAAUAGCAGUACUUAAUAAUUUAUUGAGCUUAUUUAGGGUAGAAUUUACUAUUAAAAAUCAUACGGAUAAGCAAGAUAAUCUAAUGAUAACAUUAUCAGUGUCGGUACACUUUGUAUAUCAUUGUACUUAAUACUUAUUUUAAUUCGACGAUUUUAUUUAAAUCGUGCGAAAUCUUUUGCCUUUAAUAUUAAAUUUAUAUUAUAUAAAAGAAUAUUUCAAUUUUCUAAAUUUUUGAAAUAAGAGAAGAUGAAGUGGCGAAUUUUCCAUUAUUUCCAUCAAUUUUGCCAGAAGUUUAUGUAAACGAUGCAUAAUUUUUUUGAAAAGGAGCACAAUGAAUUGGAGCUCCUGUGCAAAUUGGUUUUGUGUUUUGAACAAUUCUAAAGGAAAAGGUGCAAGUUCUCCUUCAGAUCAAGCAACCUCCGUAAUCACUUCCGGUCCUGGAGCAAGUCCUGCAAGUUCGACCUCUUGCGAUGAUCAAGUACCACCAUCAAAAAAUUGUUAUAGACUGAUAGUUCUAGGAUCCGCCAGGGUAGGAAAAACUUGUUUGGUUCAGAGGUUUCUUGGUGGAAAAUUUGAUGAUAACUACACGCCUACUAUAGAAGAUUUUCAUAGAAAGCUUUACCGUAUACGCGGAGAAAUUUACCAAUUGGAUAUUUUGGAUACAUCGGGGAAUCACCCAUUUCCUGCAAUGAGAAGAUUAUCUUUUCUUACAGGUGAUAUUUUUAUAAUAGUCUUCAGUAUGGACAGUCGUGACACAUUUGAGGAAGCAAUAAGAUUAAGGGAGCAAAUUUUGGAAACAAAAUUAAGUGCAGCAGCAGCGUCGAGCACAGGCGGCAUAGCAAGACGGAAAAUUUUACCCCGAGUACCUAUGGUGAUCGCAGGAAACAAAUGUGAUAAAGAAAUGAGAACUGUUACGCCCGAAGAAGCUAAGAAUUACUGUUCGAGCCAAGAAUGUUGCACAUUUGUGGAGGUUUCGGCGAAAAGGAGCUACAAAGUGGACGAAGUGUUUUAUCAGUUAUUCCUCAAUGCCAAUUUGCCGUUAGAAAUGGCGCCGAAUCACCAUAAACGCGUAAGUGCUAACUUUGGUUCUCCGUGUCCGUUACCGCCAUCAGCCCUCCCUUCACAUGCAAAAAAGUAUACUUUGUCUGUUAAACGCAGGUUAAGCGAUGCAUGCGGAGUAGUAACGCCAAAUGUCAGACGUCCGAGCAUAAGAACUGACCUAAUGAUAAUGCGAACUAAAACUUGCUGCACCACAGAUAAUAACAGCAAUCCUAAUAGUCCAGGCCUAAGACUUAGAAGUGUGAAAAACAAUUGUACGUUGCAAUAACCCUAACGAUAAUACAAAAAUGUUAUACUUCAUUUACUUUCUCUAGCA